UUUCCUGCCCGCCGCCAGGAGGCGCGCGGCGCCGCAGGGGAAGUUCCGCCCCUUUCCCCCGGGGGACCCCGGUUCGAAUCCCGGCCCCGCCGCUUCCGCCUCCGGGGCCGGGCCGGGGUCGCGCCGCUGUCAUGUCCUGCCACUUCCAGAAGCUUUUUGGGACCGACGGGGAGCUGGAGGAUGAGGAUUUCCUCUCUGCCGUGGAAGACGCAGAGAACCAGUUUGUGAUCCCGGGACAUUCCUCACCCGGCGGCGUCCCAGUUCCUCCCAGUAAACCCCCUCCCAGUAAAGMCCCUCCCAGUAAAGCCCCUCCCAGUAAAGCCCCCGCUCUCCGGCCCCUCGCCGGGCAGGGGGAGCAUCCCGUGGGAUUGCGGGGAGCAGCGCCCCAGGAUGAGCCGGACAAUGACCUUUUCCUGGCCGCCUGCAGGGAGCUGGAGGGUCCCGGGGGUGCCCCGGUGCCCCCCGAUCGCAGGGAGAAACCCCCCUGGAAAUGCCCGGGGAAGGAGAACACUCAGGAAUGCGGGAUCCCCAAAAAGCUCAGGGUGGGAGAGGAGCUGCUCCCCAACUCCAUGGGGGUGCAGGACAGGCAGAGCCCCCUCCCCAGUCCCAAACUGGUUCUGCGACCCAGCGCGGCCGGUGCCUGUGCCCCCAGACCCACCGCUCCCCUGGGAAAGCCGGGAAGCUCCGGAGGGUCCAGCCCUGUUCCGGGGGCUCCAUCCCUGAGGCCUGUCCGAGCAUCCCUGGGAGGGAGCAGCUGCUCGGUGCCCCCAGCACAGAGCUGCCCCCAGCCCCGGCUCCCCCCCAGACCCUCCUCGGGUCCCCCCAGCUCGGUGGAGCCUCCUCUCCGGCAGCCCCCCGGUGUCCCCAAUCGUGCAGAUCCCUGAUGUCUCUCCCUGUCCCACCAGCACUGUGGGAAGCUGCUGGACGAGAUCCUGGUUUCUGCUCCCCAAACUCCAGCUCACGGGGCUGUGGCAAAGCCCCGGGCUCAGGCACUGCCCAGCUCCCAGCUGCCCACGGAGGAGGAUUUUGGGAAGGGGCCCUGGCUGGCCAUGAAAACGGAGCUGGGGCUGGAUGAGAGGGACCCCGGCUGCUUCCUCCACACCUACAGCGUGGUCAUGGUGCUCCGCAAGGCAGCCCUGAAGCAGCUCCCAAAAAACAAAGUCCCCAGCAUGGCUGUGAUGAUCAAAACCCUGACGAGGAGCAGCGCCGGYGCUGCCGCCGUGUUCCGGGACCCCACAGGGGAGAUGCAGGGCACCGUGCACCAGCUGCUGCUGGAGCAGAGGCAGAGCGAGCUCCGGGCCGGCUCCGUGCUGCUCCUGAGGCAGGUCGGGGUCUUCUCCCCCUCCCACCGCAACCACUACCUCAACGUGACCCCCACCAACCUGCUCCGCAUCUUCCCACCAGAGCCCGAGGGCUGCUCCCCACAGCAGGUCCCUGCCCAGGCUGAGCUGAUCCUGGACCCCUCCAUGCAGCCACCCCAGGGUGUCCCUGUCACUGAGGAUUGGGGACAGUCCAGGACAGCAGAUGGCCAUGGAGCAGAGCAGCAUCCUGGGGGCUUCUCCGAGUGCCCACCGAGCUCUGGUCCGGGUUGGGAAGAGCCAGUGGGAGCUGGUGGGUGUGACAUGGAUGACCUGGAYGGGCUCCUGGGAGAGCUGCCUGAGGAUUUCUUCUCACCUGCGGCACAGGCUGACUGCGGCUGAGCCCGGAGCUGCUGCGAGGGUGACGGUGACGGUGCUGAGGAGCAGGUGACAUGCCUGCCACCCGCCUGCUCCUCUCUCUUUUUGUGUGUCUGUGGUGUUCGUUGUGGAGCUGAGAGCUGUGGGGACAUGGCCUCAGUGUUGUCCCCACUGCUCCGGGCGCAGUGGCCCCUCUUGCUCCCAACCCUGCAUUAAAGGGCUGUUUUGUUUCUGCAUCACUGUGUCCUCGUGUGUCACCCCUCUGUCCCUUCUCUGGGGUGUCCCUGCUGUCCCUGCCGUUCCUCCCGGGGUCUCACAGCCCCUCAGGGUUGAGGGAUCCCAAAUCCCACCCCUUGGGACGUCCCCACCUCGCACCCACCAACAGGUUAAACUCCCCGGACCCCGUGACUCUGUUUACCACCCAGGAGYUAUUUAUAGGGCCGCCAGCUCUGGGAUUGAUUCCACAUCCGUGUGUGGGGCACAG